UGAAAACAUUUGAUGAAAGCAAAAUAAAUGGAGAUUACGCACGAUAUGCAUUAGAGGCUGCAAAACCAUCGAUCGCAGUAUCGAUGGCUCACUAUCGAACGCUGAUCGCCUAUCGCAAAAAUAUACCGCAGCCAUUUUUGCAACUCUGUGUAUCGGCAAGUAGAAUAUAGAAUAGACAUCGAUAUAUAUUAAGCAUCCCUAGCAGAUACUCUCGUGGCCGCCAUGUUUUUUCUGUCAUAUUCAGCAAUUACAGCAUUUUAAUUUUGUUUGCUGUGGGAAAUUCUCGACUUUCACAUUGAACUAAGCAAUAGAAAUUAACCGAAUAAAUAUAUAGCGAUUGCAGCAAAACCGAACCCUACCUGUCUUUGUGCAUUGGCCCCUCGAAUAAGUUGCGUAUUUGUAUGGUUUCCAUUUUGGUGUGAGAGAAGAAAAGAUAUAAAAGAUAACGAGAGUGUGGAAUAUAUAUAUAUAUAUAUAUAUAUAUGUGUGUAUAAAGAUCUGUAUGAUUGAUUUCGGCGGACAUUUAUUGUAAGAACUGAAGAUUAAGUUGUGCAAAUCGAAUAGGAAAUAUCAAACAAUCCCCAAGCAGCUGCUGAUUAUUGAAAAGGAUCGGGCAGACACCCGCCCAAUGAGCAGCUGAAGCUAUUAUCCAGCAGUGCGAUCAAUCGAUGGAGCUGGAAUAUCUGAGAGAACAGUCAGCGAAGAAGGAUCAUUGAUAGUCGGAUGGGAUCAGAGAUACAUGCGUCAUCUCUGUGCCUGUCUAGCUCUCAGUGAAAAGAAAGAAAUAAAUUGCAAAUUGCAGGCUAAUUGAUUCAUCAAGAUGAGUGUGAUUAUUCGGUUACAAAAUCUGCCGUGGACGGCAAAUGCCCGCGACAUACGAAAUUUCUUCACGGGCCUCUCGAUACCAGAGGGCGGUGUCCACAUAAUUGGAGGCGAAAUGGGCGAUGCUUUCAUCGCUUUCAGCACCGAUGAGGAUGCCCGCUGCGCCAUGCUGAAGGAUCGCGAGAAACUUAUGGAGAUCCAGGUGCGCCUGCUGCUUUCAUCGCGCGCCGAAAUGCAAAAGGUCAUCGAGACGGCACGCACACCCGCACCAGUCGUUGCACCGGCACCAGUGCCUGUGCCCGUACCCGUGCCCAUGCCAGUGCCCGUGGCAGCGCCACAGCCACCGAUCAUUGGUGGCCUUAACAGUUUCCUGAGCCAAAGCCAGAGCAAGGCUGGGGUGCCCUCUUUUCUGGCCUAUCAGCAGCAGGCCGGCAUUGUGCUAGCGGAGGUGACAGGCGGCAGCCAGCAUCGCCGCCAGAGCCGCAGUCGUAGUCGCAGUCGAUCCUCCAGCUCUGAGGACAGUGAUCGUGAGCUGCGCGACCGAGAACGUGAAAGGGAGCUUGAACGCGAACGCGAUCGGGAGCGUGAUCGUGCGAUCCGUAAGCGUCGCUUAGAGCGUGGCGAUAGCAGUGAGCGCGAGCUGAAGCUCCAAUCCAGCGGCGUGAGUGCUGCUGCUGCUGGUGGUCUGUCGCCGUGGGCCAAUCCGCCGCAGACUAAUGCCGCCCUCAGUCUUCCGGGACUGGGUAGUCUUCCGGGCAUGAGCAUAGGAAUGGGUCUCGGCCUCGGUCUGGGUCUGGGCGUGCCGCCCGUUCUGCCCUCGCUGCAGAACUAUACGACCAGCAAUACCGCCAAUAACUACAACAUGACCAAUGCCAAUGGUCCGGCAGCACCAGCAUCAGCACCAGCGCCAGCGCCGCCACUGGCUCCCGAUGCACACAAACUGAUAGCCGCUCUGCAGGCGGCAGCCAGGGCAGGGUCCAACAGCCCUGCCCAAAUGGAGGGACAGCAACAACAGGUGCAACAGGUGCAGCGGCAGGCGGUGCAGGUGCAGGCGCAGGAGCAGCCCGUUGCGUUUGCCAGUGUCAAUCCGUAUGCCCAGAUCUAUCCGCAGUUAUUUCAGCAGCAGCAACAGGUGCUACUCCAGCAGCAGACGGCAGCGAAGCUCUCGCCCUCCAUGGGUGGUUCGCCAGGUGGCGGAGGGGGCGGCGGCAGUCACAGUCCUCGAGGCGGCGGCGGUGGCGGUGGCAUGUCCUCGGCGGUGGCCGACACCUGCUAUGUGAAGAUCAGUGGCAUGUGCCAGAGCACCUCCUACAGUGAUCUGCGCAAGUAUUUCCAGGGUCUGUAUAUACCGCACAAUGGCAUCAAAAUCAUGACGGUGAAUGGCAGUCGCACUGGAGUGGCCUACAUUGAGUUCUCGCGGGUGUCCAGUGCCCAGAAGGCGUUGCAGCGCCACAACACCAUGUUCCGCGAUCGCCUGGUGCAGAUUGUGCCCAUCGGGGAUGCGGAAUUCGAGCAGGCCGAUGAGUAUUCGCAUCGCAAUCAGCAGCACCAGCAACAGCAGCAGCAGCAGCAGCUGCCACAAGAUGUCCUCGCUCGCAAUGCCAGCAGCGAUCGAGGUGGCGGUGGUGGCAUUCCCAGCUUUAAUGUCCUGUAUUUGGAGGAUUUGCCGCAGUUGACCACCGAGCAGGACAUCAUGAAGAUGUUCUCCGCCACCUGCACCAUUGUGGAUAUCCUACUGGCGCCGAGUCCCAACAAUCGACGCGAAUUUGUGGCCUUUGUGCUGUUUGCACGUGAGACGGAGGCAUUGUCGGCCCUCGAGGAUCAAUCGCGGCACUACAUUGGCUUCCGGCAGCUGCGUGUGCGCCCCAGCAGCCAGGCGGAGAUGAUGCAGGCCAAGGAGAAGCAGCGACGGGCCAAUGAGCAGCUACUGAAGGAAGAGGCCGACCAGCGGGAGGAACUGCUCAAGGAUCAGAAGAGGCGACAGCAGGCGCAAGCGCAGCUCCUGCUGCAACAACAACAACAACAACAGCAGCAGCAGCAGCGCGAGGAGAUGGCCAUGCAGGCGAGGUUCAACAGUGAUCCGCGGCGACGCAAUGCGGAUGACAAUCCAAAUCGGGACCAGCAGCAACAACAACAACAACAACUACAGCUGCUGCAGCAGCAGCAGCAGCAGAAUCAAAUGCAACCGUUUGGCAACACUGGUCCAAUGCCUAACGGUAUAAUGCCGUUUGUCGUCCAACAGCAGCUGCAGCAAUUGCAGCAACAAAAUAAUGGCGGUGGCGGUGGCCCACAAAAUUUUCCAUUCAACAAUAACAAUAACAACAACAAUAUGGAUAAUCAAAAUCGAAACCAGAACCACAAUGGCGGAGGACCAAUCAUGGAGCAAUCGAUUAAUCGAAACCACAACGGUGGCGGUCCCUUUGGCGGCGGCAUGUCCAUGCCCCACAACCAGAACGAGGUAGUGCGUCCUCCACGCCAGGAGGAUAAUUUCGUGCGUGUUCACAACUGUGAGUAUGCCACAAGGGUCAACGAUCUGGGGGAACUCUUCUCGCUGGAGAAUCUGCGCAUCGAACAUAUCGAAAUGCUGAUUAACGAUCGCAACCAGAGCACGGGUGAGUUUAUAAUCGAAUUUGGGGAUGGCUCCGAUGCCAAGCAGGCCAUUAGGGAGUUCCACAAUCGGAGAUUCCGUGGCCGUGGCCUGCGGGUGUUGGCCAUCACGCCGCAGGAGAUUGCCGAUCGCAUGAACAAGCCGUUUAUGGACUAUUUGCCGGGUGGCAAUGGGCCACGCCAGAGCGACAAUGGUGGCACCGGCGUGCCGGCGGGUGCACCGCCCCCGUCCAGGCGUCGUCCCAGUCGCUUCGACAACAACAACCAACAGCAACAACAACAGCAGCAGCAGCAGCAAGUGCCACCGGAGCGAGAGCGACAGCGGCAGGAGGAUGAGGAUAGCAACAGCUCACAAAAGCAGCAUUUCAAUCCGUUCGCCAGGCCAGAUCCGCCCGUCAACCCAAGCGGAAGUCUGUCGCCACCGUUGAAUGUGUCCAACAGCAGCAGCUCCUCGAUACCCGACAAAUUCAAUCGUCCCGGCUGUGUGGUGGCCAUGCGCAAUGUACCCUUCAAGGCUGAACUAAAGGACAUUCUACGCUUCUUCAGUGACUACAAGCUCAGUCCCGAUGAUAUUAUUCGGCGCUUCAACGACGACGGAAAGCCCACGGGAGACACCAGGGUGGCCUUCGAGUCACCAGCGGAGGCGCGGUCAGCGUACGAGUCGCGGCGUCGCAAGCAGAUCUUCAGCCGCACUGUUAAUCUAGAUAUUAUAUAGACUUAUAUAGUUGACUGUUGGGUUUAUCUAGUGUAAUGAAUGUAAAUACAAAUAUAUAAUAUUUAGGCAUUAAACAGAUUUAGGACGCACCCCAAUCCUCCACAUAAGUUGUGUAUAUACAUAGAAACAGUUUUAAAUAAAAUCGAAACACACAAUUAAUCCUAGGCG